ACGCCCCGAAAUAGACUUAAAAAUCGUUGACGCGCAUCAAAAAAUAAUUUUUCUUAUCAAAAUUGGAUUUAUCUAUUAGUCAUUUUUUUUUUUUGUGGAAGGAAAAAAUCAUUUAAAGCAAAUUUUGGACUUUUUUCCCAUCAAAUGUGGUUUUAAACAGGAAAAAAUAAAAAUAUUUAAUAAAAAAAUCGAAUAAAAAACCAAAAAACUCGGAAAAAUGAGAUGGAAAAGCUUAUUUUUGAUCGUCGUGCUAUCCGCCAUUUUGAGUGUUAGAUCCGACGAAGGCGAUUUAGCUGACGAAUACGAUGACGAACUUGUCGAAAGUGUUGAAAAAAUCGAAAUUCCAAAGAAAAUUAGUGUUCCAACGACGCCUGUGGUCUCUGUAGCACCCAAUGUGACACUCACGAAGGCUCUUGAACGCAGCGGAAAAUAUUUGGAUUAUCCUUACAUGUCGCAUUACGACUUGAACGACCAAAAUUACGACUGGAGUGAUCCAAACAAUCGAUAUGCCCCGAGUGAGCCGGCAACGCAUCAAGGCGAUGGAUAUGUCAUCACAGCGAUGCGUUUAAAGGAGUUGCGUGAGCGUUUUUUGUAUCCGUUUCAUGAUCGCGGCGGCAGCGACAAUCACGGCGACUACCAAAAGGACAUUCAUCACUCGAAUCCGCAAGUUCACAAAAAUUUCAACUAUCAACUGCCCUUUUUUGGCUUCCGUUUCAACUAUACGCGUGUCUCGAUGAACGGAUUUUUGGAGUUUUCGGAUCCGCCGGAGCAUUAUACGUAUCCGUUGUCGUUCCCCGUCAAGGAUUGGCCAAAGAAAAAUGAUCCGUCGUUCAUUGGGAUUUUCCAUUCGAAAUGUCGCAUCGGGAAAAUUCAUCCGGAGGAUCAAGAUCAACGUACGCCGGGCGUUUAUUUCCGCAUGGAACGCGAUUUGGAAGGCAGAAAAGAUCGGUAUGGCGUUGAGAUGAGGGAGAGAGUCAUGUGGGAUAUUCGCGAAGGAGUUGUCGGGUCAGAUACGUUCGUGCCGAAACAUGUGGCGAUUAUUACGUGGAAAAAUAUGAGUUUUGCCGGAGGAAUUGAUAAUUCGUUGUAUAAUACAAAUUCCUUCCAAAUGGUUCUCGCAACUGACGAAGUUUACACCUACGCUAUCUUCAAUUACAUCCAAAUUCGUUGGUCUUCUCAUACCGAAGCUGGCGGCGACACAACUGGCGGAGAAGGAGGCGUUCCUGCAUUCAUUGGUUUCAACGCUGGCAACGGAACACAAGCCUACGAAUACGUCCCGUACUCCCAAUCUUCCGUUUUGCGCGAUUUAGUGGGACGCGGAUGGGCAAAUGGCUUCCCCGGGCGUCACAUUUUCCGCAUUGACGAGAAAAUCAUGCUGGGCACGUGCAACAAAGACAUCGACGCGGCGCAUCUUCCGCUCGUUUUUGCUCCCGAAUCGGGAAAUAUGUUGGGCGGAACUGUCGUAAACAUCACGGGACCCUGUUUUGACACGAACGAACGCGUUUCUUGUCGCUUUGAUACGGAAGAAGUCAUCGGGCAUGUUGUGGAUCGCAAUCGCGCGAUUUGUGUGCAGCCAUUUUUGAAGGCGCAAGGUUACGUGAGAUUCGAAAUUUCCAUUGGGACGGAGCGUUACAAGUGGCGCGGAAAGUUUUUCGUUGAAACGCCGGCUCAUGCGACAGAAAGAAUCUUCUUUGAUGGGCAAGAUGUGCAUCAAAAAGCACCAAAAGAGAUCAAAAUCACAUGGAAUAAAUAUAAUUUGACGACAAAUUUGAAUGCGAAUGUUCGAGUUUCGCUUUGGGGAUAUCGAGAAACGACAAUUCGUCCUGAACUACUUUACAUCGAUUUGUUGGAAGAAUCUAUCAUGAAUAGCGGACAUUAUACGAUCAAUCCGGAGAAUUAUCGCUUGAAAGAGAAUCCGACGUUGUUGAAUAUCGAAUUUGGAUUUAUUCAGAUCAAUUUGACGAAUCCUGAACAAUAUUCGGGACUCAAAAUUUCACCCGUCUUAUGGUCCAAACCAAUUCCCCUCGGAUGGUAUUUCGGCCCUCAAUGGGAGCGAAAACAUGGCAAAAAUUGGCCUCGAGCUCUGUGUGACAACUGGAUUCGUGCAGAUCGUUAUUUGAAAAAUUUCGCUGCUGAACUUCCAAUUUGCCCAUGCAAACUCGAACAUGCUCUCUUCGACAAAGGACGUUUCAUGCCGGAUCCCUCAUGCGAUAUCGACUCCAAUCCGUCGUGCAUUCAUCACAAAGGCGCCAUUCAUUGCGUUCGCACGGGACAACCGAGUUACACGGGCUCCGAGCAACAAUGCUGCUACGAUCGCAACAAAUAUCUCAUGUUAUCGUACGACCAAAUGUGGGGAUCUCGCGUACGAAAAGUUCACGAUAUCGGCCAAAUGCCGUGGAAUGAAGCAGGCAAAGUCCCAACACUGUCGCAAUGGUUCCAUGACGUCAAAGCUUAUUAUUCGUGUUGCAUGUGGCAAGACGAGCAAGCAGUUGGAUGCGAAACUUUCCGUUUUGAGCGACGCCCGAGUCAAGAUUGCAUUGCGUAUCAACCGCCUGCUGUUGCCGCCGUUUUUGGAGAUCCGCAUAUCGUGACUUUUGAUAAUUUGCAAUACACGUUCAACGGAAUGGGCGAAUUUACGUUGGUUAGAGCGAAUAACGGCAAAGAACGAUUAGAUGUGCAAGCGCGCUUUGAACAAGUCCCGCGAAAUAUUUAUGGAAAUGUAAUGGCGACGAAGUUAACCUCAAUUGCGAUUCGCGGAAACACUUCAACCGUCAUCGAAGUUCGAGUUAGACCCAAAGAGGCACAAUGGCGAUACCAUUUGGAUGUUUUUGCCGAUGAAAAGAGGAUUUAUUUCGAUCGUGAGAGCUUGAGGAAGCAAUAUUUCCAUGGAGUGACGGUUUAUACGCCGCCUUAUGUGUUGAAUCAAUCGGAAAUUGUGGUUAUGUUGUCGUCAGGAGCUGGCGUGGAAAUUGUUGAGAAUUCAGGACAUAUGACGGCGAGAGUUUAUUUGCCAUGGAGCUUCAUUAACAAAACUCGAGGAUUGUUUGGAAAUUGGAGUUGGGAUGUUCAAGAUGAUCUGACGUUACCUGAUGGACAAGUUGUUGGCGUUAAUUUGAACAAUUUUGAGAGUAUUCAUCGAGAUUUUGCUAUGAAAUGGUUACUGGAGGAUCGAAAUCAAGAAUCAGUUGGUCAAGCCUUAUUUGUACGAGAAUUCGGAAAAACAUCAGCUCAUUACACAAAUAUAACAUUUUUACCGAAUUUCAUGCGAGAUCCAAGGGAAUUUUUGCCUUCGAAUCGAACGCAGGAUAUCGAAAGAGCUCAAGAAUUAUGCGGGGACAGCUAUCAAUGUCGUUUCGAUUAUGGAAUGUCUCUUGACAGGGAAAUGGCUUACUUUACGAAAAAUUAUUAUUCGUCAGCGAUGAAUAUUAAAACGUUGAAUUCAGAACGAUUGAUAUCCUGUGGAGUCCUUGAAACGCCUCGUUUUGGAAGAAAAACGAAUUUUAUGUUCACUCCAGGCACGAGAGUUUCCUUUGAGUGUAACGAAGGCUUUACUUUGACGGGAGAUAUGCGACGUGAAUGCACAGCAGAAGGCAAAUGGGAUGUUCCGAUUUAUGGUUACACGACUUGUUUACGUAACGUCUACUACACCCAACAAAACGUUUGGAAAACCAUCGGAUUCAUUUUCGCCGUCAUCUUACCAAUUCUCCUCUUCCUCACGUGCAUCGUUUACUGUUGGCGCAAGAAGCAUCUCAAAGAAGACCCUGACUGGAAAAUGCCAAUUCCCUCACGAUCUGGCUCCCGUUCAACUCUCCGCAACAUUGGAAGCGAUGCUGACGACGACACGAUCAAAAAAGUCCGUAACUACGACGGCAGCUACAAAACUCACGAACCCUUGAACAACAAACCCGUCAUCGAUUUCCCGCAGAAAAAAAUGGAUUUGGACGAAGAUGAUUUGGAUGUGACUUCGAGCGAAGGCGGCAGCGAAUACAAAGACAAAGUAGCAAAGGACUUUGAGUAUCGUCAAUCGGGCGACGAUCAAGGCAGAAUUUUGGGCAGAAGAGCUGAACGACAAAACGCAACAAUUCCCGAGGAAAAUUUCCCGCAACAACCAUCGACAUCGGGAGCGCCAUCGUCCAUGGGAUACACGCGUCAAGUGCCUUACAGCCCGGCUUACAGUCAAAAUGAUCGCGAUAGUUUCAUGACAGACCCGACAAUGUCGCCUCCCGUCAUGCGACAAGACCCAAAUCAGAUGCCGCGACAAUUCGUUUAUGGAAAUCCCGCAUCGCCGCCGCCUUUGUCGCAAACUGUGGGCCUUCCAACUGCAUCUCCGACAAAUGAUGCAGCGCGUUCAACACAAGUUUAG